CGGACGGUAUGCUGGUUUUAACGCCUUACUUACAGAGGAAUUUACCUUCAUUACCCUGCUCUUGGACCACGGCGGAGUUUUAGAGGCCGAAUAUGAGCAGGUUUCGGCGUAAGCUAUCAUGAGGGUGCAGGUGAUGGAAGCGCCCAACACCAUGACCGCCUUCAAUCAGGAGAACGUGGAGGACUAUUACGAGAUUGGAGAUGAACUCGGAAGUGGUCAGUUUGCCGUGGUCAAGAAAUGUCGCAAGAAAAGCACAGGCCACGAGUACGCCGCCAAGUUCAUCAAGAAGCGGCGAAGCAAGUCCAGUCGACGUGGGGUUACCAGGGAGGACAUCGAGAGAGAGGUCGGCAUCCUAAAGCAGAUCCAGCAUCCCAAUGUCAUCACUCUGCACAACGUGUUUGAAAACAAGAACGAGGUUAUUCUCAUCCUCGAACUUGUGGCCGGUGGAGAACUCUUCGAUUUCCUGGCUGAAAAGGAGUCUCUCAGCGAGGAGGAGGCCACCGAGUUUCUCAAGCAGAUCCUGGAUGGUGUCAACUAUCUGCAUUCCAAACAGAUUGCCCACUUUGACCUGAAGCCUGAGAACAUCAUGCUGCUGAAUCGGAGCGUGCCUCACCCACGCAUUAAGCUCAUCGACUUCGGUCUGGCGCACAAGAUCGAUUUCAGCAACGAUUUCAAAAACAUUUUCGGAACGCCCGAGUUUGUCGCUCCUGAAGUGGUGAACUAUGAGCCGCUGGGCCUGGAGGCAGACAUGUGGAGUGUUGGUGUGAUAACGUACAUAUUACUGAGCGGUGCCUCUCCGUUCCUGGGUGAGAACAAGCAGGAGACGCUUGCCAACGUUUCUGCGGUGGACUAUGAAUUCGAUGAGGAGUAUUUCAGCAACACCAGCGCUCUGGCCAAAGACUUUAUCGCACGGCUUCUGGUGAAAGACCCAAAAAAAAGAAUGACAAUCCAGGAUAGUCUGCAACAUCCAUGGAUUAAGCCAAAAGACACCCAGCAAGCACUUAGUCGCAAGGAGUCUGCUGUCAAUAUGGAGAAAUUCAAGAAGUUUGCCGCCCGGAGAAAAUGGAAGCAAUCGGUGCGUCUGAUCUCUCUGUGUAACCGGCUCUCCCGCUCUUUCCUGUCCAGAAGCAACAUGAGCGUGGCACGCAGCGAUGACACACUGGAUGAAGAAGACUCGUUUGUAAUGAAGGCUAUCAUUCAUGCUAUCAACGACGACAACGUGCCAGGCCUGCAGCAUCUCCUCGGAUCUUUGACCAGCUACGACAUUAACCAGCCCAAUAAGCAUGGAACACCUCCACUCCUCAUCGCAGCCGGCUGUGGAAACAUCCAGAUUAUCGAUGUUUUGAUCCGAAAAGGAGCCGAGAUCCAAGCUCUUGACAAGUCUGGAGCCAACGCUAUCUACUACUCAGCCCGACACGGUCAUCUGGAGACCUUGAAAUUCCUCCAUGAAAAGAAUUGCCCUCUGGACGUCCAAGAUAAGUCAGGUGAGACGGCUCUGCAUGUAGCUGCUCGCUAUGGCAACGUGGACGUGGUUCAGUACCUCUGCAGUAUUCACGCCAACCCUGACCUGACUGACCGGGAGCGGGAGACUCCUCUGCACUGUGCAGCAUGGCACGGCUACUCGUUGGUGGCGCGGACUUUGUGCCAGGCCGGCUGUGAUGUUAACGCUCAGAACCGAGACGGAGAAAGCCCGCUGCUCACUGCCUCGGCUCGAGGCUUUCGAGACAUCGUCGAGUGCCUGCUGGAGCACGGCGCGGAUAUGGACUCCACCGACAAGGACGGCCACAUCGCUCUGCAUCUGGCUGUACGGAGGUGUCAGGUCGAAGUGGUCAAGUGCCUCCUCAGCCACCACUGCUAUGUGGAUCACCAGGAUCGCCAUGGAAACACGCCCCUGCACAUUGCCUGCAAGGAUGGCAACCUGCCAAUCGUGGCGCUGCUUUCUUCUGCUAAAGCCAACCUGGACAUCCCAAACAAGUUUGGUAGAACUCCUCUCCACGUGGCGGCGAACAAUGGAGCACUGGACGUGGUGCGGCAUCUUUGUGUAGCAGGAGCCAACACAGACGCUAUCACUAAUGAGGGGAAAACAGCAGAGGAUGUGGCAACCGCAGCACAGCAAGAGCAUGUAGCCCUGCUGUUUGCCAGACUGAAAAAGGACAACCACAAAGGAGGCUACAUCCAGCAGCUGCGACCCACUCAGAGCCCCCAGCCGCGGAUCAAGCUGAAGCUGCUCGGCCACUCGGGCUCCGGGAAGAGCACGCUGCUGGAGUCCCUGAAAUGUGGCAUCUUGAGGAGCCUCUUCAGGCGCAGGAGACCCAGACUUAACACUCCUGUGAGACACCCGGCCUCACCUGCCACAUCCAAGCCUGCAGUCUCUGUCAGCAUCUCAAACCUGUAUCCAGGCUGUGAGAACGUGAGUGUGAGGAGUCGCAGUAUGAUGUUUGAACCCAGUCUGACUAAAGGAGUGCUGGAAGUGUUUACUCCUGUACACAGCGCCCUCAACACGACUGACGACACUGCAACCAAGGCCAUCGACAUCCACUCGGCCAACGUCAACGGUGUUGGAGAGUUCAGCGUGUGGGAGUUCUCGGGUAAUCCAGUAUACUACUGCACCUAUGACUAUUUUUUGGCCAACGAUAGCACAGCCAUCCACCUGGUGCUGUUCAGCCUGGAGGAGCCGUACGAGACUCAACUCAGCCACAUUACCUUCUGGCUCAACUGCCUCAAGGCCCUUACGCUGCCCGAGGACAACAUCGCUUUUGGAGGGAAGAUCAGAAAUCCUCUGCAAGUGGUGCUGGUGGCAACACAUGCUGACAUCGCCAGCCUGCCUCGAUCCUUCGGUGGAGAGUUCAGCUACGACAAGGAGAGAUCGUUACUAAAAGAAGUUCGCAACAGGUUUGGAAACGAUCUGCAAAUAGCCGACAAGCUCUUCAUAAUGGACUCUGGAGCCUCCACCUCAAAAGACAUGAAGUUGCUGAGAAAUCUCUUAUUAGAUCUGCGCAACUCCAUCAUCUCAAAGUGUAAGCCCAUGACUCAGCUAGCAGAGAAACUGUUGGGCACUCUGCCCUCCUGGCGCAAAGCGACUGGACCAAACCAGCUCAUGUCGUUGCAGCAGUUUGUAGCAGAUGUGCAGGAGCAGAUCAACCCUCUGGCCAACGAGGAGGAUCUGCGUGAACUAGCCUUACAGCUGCACAGCAUGGGAGAGAUUAACCUCAUACAGAGUGAAACUGUGCAGGACGUGAUCCUGUUAGACCCACGCUGGCUCUGCACCAACGUCCUCGGCAAGCUCCUCUCCAUCGAGACCCCUAAAGCUAUCCACCAUUACAGAGGACGCUACCGCCAGGAAGAACUCCAGACUCUGGUCGCUGAGGGCGACGUAGACGAGCUCCUUCAGAUUCUGGACGCCAUGGACGUCUGCGCCCGAGAUAUGACCAACCCGGGCAUGGUGGACGUGCCCGCCCUGAUCCGCACGGGCGAUCUGCAGCGCUCCUGGAGUGACGAAGACGAACAGGUGGAAGACACACUGCUGUACGGUGGCGUUCGCAUAGUCCCAGCCGAGCACUUGACGCCGUUCCCUUGUGGCCUGUUCCACAAGCUCCAGGUGAAUCUUUGCCGUUGGUGCAGGCAGCAGAGACCGGAGGCUGAGGUUGAUGAGGUCAGGCUGUGGAACGGUGGUGCUCGGAUCGGAAUCGGCGGAGCUGACGCCAUGGUUCUGCUGGUUAACCACGGACAAGGUCUGGAGAUACAGCUAAGAGGGCCCGAGUCGGAGCGUAACCGAUGCUACGCUAUGCUGGACACUCUGUGUGGAAUGGCAGAAGGACUACUAGCUGUUACCCUACCGGGCUUGCUAACCGCCCGUCAUUAUUUAAGUCCUCAGCAACUGCGUGAGCAUCACGGACCUGUCAUGCUUUACCAGCCCAGAGACUUUCUUCGAGCUCAAGCGCGCGGCGAGAACGCGCUAACCAAUACGAUGGGGGGAUACCGGGAGAGCUUUGUUAGCAUCGUAGCGCUAGGUUGCAUCCAUGUCUACAAACAAGGAAGUCUCGGUGGAGAUGUACCUGUGGCUGAGAUAAGCCACCUGGCCCGACGCAAACUUAGCCGCAUGCUCGACCCACCCGAUACCUUGGGCAAGGACUGGUGUCUUCUAGCAAUGAACCUGGGGCUUAGCGAGCUAGCUGCUAAAUACAGCCCCGGGACCAACGGAACUCCUCCGACAGACCCUUUCUCUGUCCCGAGCCCUACUGCAGCACUCCUGCACGACUGGAGCCAGCAUCCAGGCUCCACCAUUGGCGUCCUGCUAACCAAGCUCCGAGAACUCGGCCGCCGCGACGCUGCCGACUUUCUUUUAAAAGCGGCGCCCGUGUUUCGGGUCAGCUUAGACAAUGUAGGCACUCCGCCAGAGCCUUAUGGGCCGGUCUGCAACGGCGGGACGUCUUAUAACUCCAUCAGCUCCGUCAUCUCACGCUAGAGCGCCACCCGUGUUCUCGGAGGAACAGUGCAAUCAUCCCGCGGAGUGUUGUUAUAUUACUGACUGGAAUCUGUGAAGUUUGGUAGUCGGUUACAUCAAUCUUCCUGCUCUCCUCUCUCUCAACGUCUUUUUUCCUGUGAGAAGAACACGAGAGCGUCAUGCAGUUCAGAUUCCCAAAUGAAGCAAGAAAUUCUGAAUGAUCUUGUGCUUUUCUCAUCCUUCUUCAUAGUUCUCUGUCACUUAGGUAAAUUUAAAAAAAAGAAAGGGAAAUGUGUGGAGUCUUGUCAUCCAGAAAGCACAUUUUCUCUAUUGUGAUUGUUGGUAUUAUUCAGCUGUCUGUCUCUGUUUGAUUGCUGAGGUUCGUGCUUUCCCUUUAUUGCUACUCUUGUGAAUCGUUGGGAAAGUGAACUGGUGUAUUUAAGACAUUGUACAGUCAUCUCUUUGCACAACCUUUCUUUUAUUUAUAUUGUUCUUAAAGCAUGUCUCUGAAUGCCAUGUCCUUAAUACUCCUUACAACAGUGUAGUACAUUUUUAUAAUAAAUUGUUUA